AUGGCUGCCAAAGUUGCCAAGACGAGCGAGGGCCAGACAGCGAGCGGGGUGACCAUUGGUCAGCUCGGUACCGUGGUGCAGCUGGCGCCGCCCGAUCAGCGCGUGUUUGACAAGCGAGCUGUGCCAGCUAUUGUGCGCUGCUCGGCCUCAGACAACUCAGAUCGCUCCGUCACGGCCGCCACGGCCUGCAGCUGGCUUGCUGAUCAUCAAGAUGCCAUCGAAGCGCUUCUCAAGGAGCACGGAGCAGUGCUGUUUCGUGAUUUUCCGCUCAAGACGGCCGAAGAUUUUGAUGCCUUUGUCAAGAGCUUCAAGGGGUACGAGGACUUGCCGUACGAAGAGUCACUCUCCUUUGCCGUUCGCGUCGACGUUACUGGACGUGUGUGCACGACCAAUGAAGGAAAGAAGGGUGGUCAGGUUCUGCGCCGACUCGAAGCCAAGCACCCGCAAUUUGUGGCUGAUCUCGAAGCCAAGGGCGUGAAAUACACAGCUUUCAUGGCAGCCGUCGCCGACCCAACCAAGGGUGCCGGUCGAAGCUGGAAGUCCUUUUUUGGUUGCGAGAGCAAGGACGCCGUGGAGAAGCGGAUGCAAGAGUUGGGCUAUUCUUGGGAGUGGCAAGAGAAUGAAGUCCUCAAGACGACCUCACCUAAGCUCUCUGCCGUCCGGAUCGCCCCUGGAACGGACCGCAAGGUCUUUUUCAAUCAACUGGUAGCGCAGAUUGCCAACGCCACCGAGUUUAGCGCCAACUCUGGUAGCAGCAGCGAUGCCGAUGUCCUCAAGAUGCUGUCCAAGUAUAUGACAUUCGGUGACGACACACCCAUGGACGUUGAGGCUUUGCUGUUUGCCAAGAGGUGCUGUGACGAUACGGCCGUGGAGCUCAAUUGGCAGGCCCAAGAUGUGGCUCUGCUGGACAACUAUCUCGUGAUGCAUGCACGCCGUGACUUUGAUGGGCCGCGCCGUGUGCUUGCUUCUCUUGUGCGAUGA